AUACUAAAAGACAUACUCAUCACGUCUGUAAUUGCAACACUAGAUUGUUGUCUUGGUUUCCCAGCGUCGAUUCCUUACCGAUGAGGGACUUUCGGCCCGACUGACACAGGGAGAUGGGGGUACUCAAUAUUUUAGACCAGCCGCCUCUGGUCCAGGCCAUAUUAAACCGGAAUACAGAUGAAGUGAAGUUAUUUUUGCACAAGAAAGACGAAGUCAAUGCACUGGACCAAGAGCGCCGCACACCUCUUCAUGCUGCUGCCUGGCUGGGGGACAUUCAUAUAAUGGAGCUUCUCAUUGAUGCAGGUGCAAAUGUCAAUGCAAAGGACCAUGUGUGGCUGACGCCGUUGCACAGAGCAGCUGCUUCCAGAAAUGAGAGGGCUGUUGGGGUGCUGCUGAGGAAGGGAGCAGAUGUGACCGCACGGGACAAGUUCUGGCAGACAUCACUGCACAUUGCGGCAGCCAACCGGGCCACGCGUUGCGUAGAGGCGCUGCUGCCCCAUGUGACCAGCCUGAACAUGGCUGACCGCACAGGCAGAGCACCCCUGCAUCACGCUGCUCAGAGCGGAUUCCUGGAGAUGGUUAAAUUGCUGCUGAACAAAGGAGCCAAUUUGAGUGCCAGUGACAAGAAAGACAGGCAGCCCAUUCACUGGGCCGCUUACCUUGGACAUCUGGAGGUGGUUAAGCUGCUGGUGUCUCAGGGCUCUGAUAAGAGCUGUAAGGAUAAACGGGGAUACACCCCUCUCCACGCUGCUGCUGCCAGUGGCCACGUCGAUGUGGUCAAGUACCUGUUACGCAAUGGAGCUGAGAUUGAUGAGCCUAAUGCCUUUGGAAACACUGCUCUCCAUGUGGCCUGCUACACAGGACAGGAGGCUGUAGCCAAUGAGCUGGUCAAUCGUGGGGCUAAUGUCAACCAUCCCAACCACCGCGGCUACUCGCCCCUGCACCUGGCUGCUGUGUCCACUAACGGGGCUCUAUGCCUGGAGCUGCUGGUCAACAACGGUGCUGAUGUCAACAUGCAGAGUAAAGAAGGGAAAAGCCCUUUGCACAUGGCAGCCAUUCAUGGACGUUUCACUCGCUCUCAGAUCCUCAUUCAGAAUGGUGGGGAGAUAGAUUGUGUGGACAGAUAUGGCAAUACUCCUCUUCAUGUUGCUGCUAAGUAUGGCCAUGAGCUGCUUAUCAGCACCUUAAUGACAAACGGUGCUGACACAGCCAGACAAGGAAUCCAUGGGAUGUUCCCUCUACACUUAGCUGUGCUUUACGGGUCCUCUGACUGUUGUCGUAAGCUACUUUCCUCAGGUCAGCUCUACAGCAUUGUGUUGUCAAUGAGUAAAGAGCACGUGCUCUCGGCUGGAUUUGACAUCAACACUCCAGACAACUUUGGGAGGACCUGUCUACAUGCUGCUGCCUCAGGAGGAAAUAUUGAAUGUCUCAACCUGCUCUUAAGCAGUGGAGCUGACAUGAAUAAGAAGGACAAGUUUGGAAGGACUCCUUUGCACUAUGCGGCUGCUAAUGGGAGGUAUCAGUGUGUGGUCGUGCUGGUGGGAGCGGGGGCAGAGGUCAAUGAGCGUGAUCGCUCUGGCUGUACACCUCUGCACUACUCUGCAGCAUCUACUGCGUAUUGCAGAAUGGACCGACUCCAUGCCAGCACUCAUCAGAGCCAAGAGGAUGGGGAGAAGGAAUCAUUCCUGUGUGUGGAGAAUUUGUUGGAUAAUGGUGCUGAUCCAUCUCUGUGCAACAAUAAAGGAUACAGUGCUGUGCAUUACGCUGCGGCCCACGGCAACAAACAGAACCUGGAGCUGCUUUUGGAGAUGUGCUUUAACACUCUGGGAGACACUGAAAGCAACGAGCUCAUCAGCCCUCUUCACCUAGCGGUGGAGUCAGGUCACUGGGAAUGUGUUACCGUGUUACUUGAGUCUGGAGCUUGUGUAGAUGCAUGUGACCCAGUGGGGCGCUCUGUGCUGUACGUGGCCUCUCAGAGAGGACACGCCCGCUGCUUGGAACUCCUGCUCAGCCAAUCAGCAUCUUGCCUGCUCACCGAGCAGCGCAGCAAAUGGGGCCCUCUUCAUGUUGCAGCUGCCAAUGGCCAUUCAGAAUGUCUGCGAGUACUGCUCUGUAGUGAGGGAGGAGCUGACCUGGUUAAUGUUACAGACAAGGAGGGACAAACUCCGUUGAUGCUGGCAGUGAUGGGGGGACACACUGACUGCAUUCAUCUGCUGCUGGAGAGAGGAGCUUGUCCUGACAUGGGAGACAGGAGAGGAAGAACAGCCUUACACAGAGGGGCGGUAAUGGGUCGGGAGGACUGUGUAACCGCCCUGUUGUCCCACAAUGUCUCGGCACUGAGCAGAGAUUUUCAGGGGCGAACCGCAGUCCAUCUGGCUGCUUCCUGUGGCCAUGUUGACAUUCUCUCCAAUCUGCUUUCUGCUGCUGACCACUCCUAUCCCCACGACCCAAUCACUGACCGCCACGGCUACACACCCGCACAUUGGGCAGCCUAUCACGGUCAUGAAGACUGUUUGGAUGUUUUACUUGAACUCAAACCAUGUAGUAUCCAGGAGGGGAACCCCUUCACCCCACUGCACUGUGCUCUCAUUAAUGGCCAUAGUGGUUCUGCAGAGCUGCUGUUGGAAUCAAGUAUAUGUAAUUCACUGGUAAACAUCAGGGAUGCCAAAGGAAGGACCCCGCUCCACGCGGCUGCAGUCGCUGAGGAUGUGGUUGGGCUGCAGCUGGUUCUGCGGCACAGAGCUGACAUAAAUGCUGUGGAUCACUCAGGGCGUUCUGCACUGAUGGUGGCUGCCGACCACGGCCAAAGUGGUGCCGUGGCCUUGCUGCUGCACAGAGCCAAAGCUGACCUGGCUCUCCUGGAUGCGAACAAGAACACUGCCCUACAUCUUGCCUGCAGCAAGGCUCAUGAAAUGUGUGCAAUGCUGAUCUUGAAGGAGAUCCACAACCCUGUCCUCAUCAAUGCAACCAACAGUAUGCUUCAAAUGCCCCUCCACAUUGCAGCCAGGAAUGGUUUGGCUACAGUGGUUCAGGCCUUGCUGAAUCGUGGAGCCACAGUGAUGGCAGUGGAUGAGGAAGGUCAUACGCCAGCAUUGGCUUGCGCAUCCAACAAAGCUGUUGCCGACUGCCUAUCUCUCAUUCUCUCAACCAUGAAGCCUUCCUCCUCCACACCCUCCUCCUCGUCACCCUCUUCUCCCAGCCUCAACCUGCUCAAGCACUGUGGCAUCACAGCCGCCUGCCCCCCUCUGCCCAAUGGAGGCCUUCACCAUGGCUAUGGCAAAGAUCGCCAUGGUGCUACCAUCGGCUUGGAUGGAUGCUUGACUGAGUGAGGUGUUCUUACUCGGCAAAUAAAACACACCACACGUAAAAGCGCAAAGGGAUCUUGCGCAUGGUCUCUUAGUUUGGUCCUUUCUACACACUUAGAUAAAUCUAUAUGCAAUUACAGCCACACAUCCCUCCUGUGCCAGUGUCAAAGCUUAUCUUUAAGUCUCAGUAGGGAGAGAACACACUAUUUAUUUAUAUUUAUUUCCCCAAAUUUCCUCCCCCUCCUGAACUUUAAAGGAUAGUUCUCCCUAAAAUAAAAAUUAUUUCCACACUUGCUGACUAUGUCACCCAGGCGACUGAUUGAAAAAGUCAUACGGCUUUGGAACAACCAAAGCAUUACUGAAUUUUUAUAUUUGGUUGAACUAUCCCUUUAAAUGCUGUUAAUUUAAUAUGAGUGUAAUAAGUCUAAAAACUGAAUCUAAGCCAUCUAUUUAAACCAGUAUCCAGCACUGGCGAGUCACUCAUUUUCUUCUCCAUUUCAGUCCAUUUGACAGUUAAUGUUAAAAUUAUGCAGCUGUGUGUCUCUAUGGUAACAGUGAUAAUGCAUUGGUUUCUAUAUCAUGCCUCCUAUUCGCGUGAAGCUGUGGCCUUGCAUAGGAAUUUACAGCCUGCCCUGAGAAACAGUUUAAACGGGUUACACAAGAAUUGCAUGAAUUUGUGGGACCAUGUAUUUGAUAGUGGUCCUGCGCUUGUGUGUGUGUGUGUGUGUGUGUGUGUGUGUGUGUGUGUGUGUGUGUGUGUGUGUGUGUGUGUGUGUGUGUGUGUGUGUGUGUGUGUGCGUGCGCGCGCGCAUGUGUUUGUGUGUGUGUGUGUGUGUGUCAUUUUGCGCAACAGUCCAAGUUUUUCAUCCCAUACUUGACUUGUUUUGAGGUUUUUAUGUGAGGUGCAAUCUGAUUUACCACUGAUCAGGAAAAAUCAAAAAUAACCUAACAGAAUCAUUAUGACAGAAGGGAAAAACCAUACUACCUUAAGCCAAAAGACCAAUGACCUUCUAUUAGAGGGGUCUAAUAUUUAAUGCAUGUUUACACUCAGAGAGAAAAGGGUUGUUGGGAUGAGAAAUUUCGUAUUCGGUUUACAUUGAAGGUAUUUGGUAGUCCAGAUCACUGGUUGUAGGUGGGCAGAAGAGGAGUUUUAUGUGUCAUGAUGUAGAGCGUACAAAAUAUUAUGAAGAUGCUACUACACUAAGGAAGUACAGAAGGCACAAAAAUGUCAUAACAGAGUUUUGAAACUGCAGUUGUCAUACAUAGUACUUGCUCCAUUUUUAUUUUCAUUUUUAGGUUGGCAAGGGCUCAUAAAUGAUCUGUUAAGAAUACUACUUUGCUAGUUGAACUUGUUAAAAUGUUUAGUGUGGAGUUACUUUUACAGUGCCUACUGAAUUAAAAUUAUUUUAUUUUUUUUGUCAAUAAAAGGUCCAAUCAUUUAAACACCAUAUGCGCGCUCUCAAAGUUGUUAAAAUGGUGCUUCCUCCAGUGAAACAUGGGUUGAGAAUUUAACUAUAAUCCAUUAUGAAAUGAUUGACUGAAUAAUUCAGUUCAUUCUGGAUGAUCUGAUUGGUUCAUAAAUCAGAACACAGUUGGGGUUUUUCUGAAUUGUAUAUGAUCAAAUUAUGAACUCAUUUGUAAAAUUUUGUGACUUGCUGAUUGGACCAUUUUAUAUUGGUUUAUGCUGUUUGGGGAGCAGUCAUGGGUAUGACCAAAGUUAACCAGUUUCUAAAUACCAUUUUAUUAGGAACUGAAAGAUAGCAUUAUCUUUAAAAUAAUAUACCGAAAAAUAUCUAUUCAUCCCUACUAUUUAUAAAAUGCUUCCUUAUUGCCAAAGGUAGAUUAAGUUAAGAUUGUGCUUCCAUUAGGUUUAAUGCACCUAAACCACAAAAUAAGAACAUGUGAAUGAGUGUUUGAAACAUCCCUUUUUUGUUUGUGCACCACAAACAGGCAAUAUUUGUUGGUAAUGAGACAAUCAGUUGAAAGGGCUUUUUAUUUUACCAUAGAAUUAUUUUUUUCUCUUUUUAUUUAUUAUUUUUUUCCUUAACGAGCAAAAGCAUUUACAUGUAUUUUCACAAUUAGGAAGAGCUUUACAAAUAAACAAUCUAUUUUCCAACCCAUUUUAAACAUCUUUACACCAAUUCAAAACCUCAGCAAACUAAUGCGUACAUGAACCAUGAAAUGUGGACUUGUUCUCAAUUACACCAAUACUAUCGCUUUCAUUAGUUUAUGAUUCUAAUGGUGUAGAUAAAGUAGUUUUGUAGUCUUGUAACAGUAACUGAUAAUUUAUUGGAAUAUGAAGAAGCAUUAGUAAUGUGAGAUAUUUUAAAGGCAAUUUGGAGAGUGUACUUGCGCAUAUUUCUGAAAUGACCUGUCAUUUUAAUUAUGUUUAAUGAUGGUUUUGGCUGCUUAAAAUCUCUACAUAGGCCUCAUACAAAGCACUUGUCGUAUAAUAAAGAAAAAAAAAAACACUUGCAAAUAUCAGGAUCUGUUCUCAAGCUGUUAUUGGGCAAAUAUGCAUGUGCAAAUCAGAUUUAGGCACAAGUUAUAUCGCAAUGUUUUACGUUUUUGGUGUUUUGCAGAGAAAAUAAUUCUAAAUGGGCUUAAUGGCCAAGAUGAAAUUCCUUAGUUUAAUUAAUAGGGGCAUAUAUUUAAGCUUUAGCUUGAUUUAUCAUGUACAAUAAAGUAUAGUUUGGUGGAUGGAAGGAUUGCUUGUGUAGACAGCACAGGGUACGUAAAUUAAGUUGAUUGUGAACUUGAAAGUUAUUUGCACUGCCAGUUAUACUGCUUGUAGUUGUAUAAAAGAUUGAUUAUUUAUAAAUUGCGUAUGAUAGUCCAUACCACAUGUAGUUAGGUUGGAAUAAACAAGUGCCCGUGAAGCUUGCGAGUAGUUAUACGUUUCAUUUGUUGCGAGAAAGAGUGCUGCUUGUGAUUGUAUUUGAUUUGUCUAUUAGCUAUUAAGAAUUCCUAUUCACUUAUUCCCAAAACAAACUAAAACGUACUUGUCUGAACUCCUCAGAUCCGUGUGUUAUCGGCAUUGCACUAAAAUUGUUCAUGUUUUGCCGAAUGUAUGCCGUGAAGGUAGCAGCUUGCUUCAACGUUUGUGCGGAUCUUGUAUGCAAUAAAAUAAUUGUGUAAAAAUAAUUGGGAACUUUCGAAUUGAACCCUUUCAGAAUUUUUAAUAGACUGAGUUGGUGGGAACCAGUCACAAAGUUGCAAUUUGAGAAAAUACUUUUUCUAGGGUAGAGUAUAACUGGUGUGAAGCGUUUCCUCAUAAUCUUUUAGUGCCAUAACUUUUUAUUUUCUUUCUCAUUUUGAUAUGUUUGUAAAAUGUGAAUGAAUGAUUCCUUGGGUUCAAUUUUUUUGUGCGCAAGACCAGUACCAAAAUAAGAACUAAAUCAAAGCAAA